GUAGUUCCUCGUGGGUAGAUUUUACUAAUCCUUCUGCUCAAGAAUGGUGGAGUAAAAAAUUUGCAUUUGAUCAAUAUAAGGGAUCAACAGAAAUUUUAUUCACGUGGAAUGAUAUGAAUGAGCCAUCAACAUUCAAUGGCCCCGAAAUUACAAUGCCGAAAGAUCUUGUUCAUUAUGGAGGUUGGGAACAUCGAGACUUGCAUAAUAUUUAUGGGUAUUCUUUUCAUAUUGCAACUGUUCAAGGACUCAUAAAUCGUACCGAACCACCACGUCGACCUUUUGUACUCUCUCGAUCAUUUUUUGUGGGUUCUCAACGUUAUGGUCCUAUUUGGACAGGUGACAAUGCUGCAAGUUGGGAUUAUUUGGCUAUAUCGAUUCCUAUGCUAUUGACUAUCAGUAUUUCUGGGUUGCCAUUUUCUGGAACUGAUGUCGGUGGAUUUUUAUAUGAUCCUACGCCUGAACUCCUAGUUCGAUGGUAUCAAGCAGGAGCUUUUCAACCAUUCUUUCGUGCACAUGCUCAUAUAGAUACAAAAAGACGCGAACCAUGGUUAUUUGGUGAUCCAUAUACUAGUUAUAUCCGUGAUAUAAUCAGAGAAAGAUAUUCUUUGUUACCUUUAUGGUAUACUCUAUUCCACGAAGCUAGUACCACUGGAAUGCCAAUAAUAAGACCUAUGUUUGUAGUUUAUUCUGAUGACGAAAAAGUUUAUGAAAUGGACGAUCAAUUCUUUGUUGGCAAUUCGUUACUUGUCAAACCUAUUGUAGAGGAAGGUCAAACAUCUACUGAAGUUUAUUUUUCAGGAAAUGAGAUAUAUUAUGAUUAUUUUACAUUUGAAAAAUUUUGUGGAUCUAGUAAAGUUCGAAUUAAUGCCCCAUUAAACAAGAUUCCUGUCUUUUUACGCGGUGGGUCCGUUAUUACAAAGCGGCAGAAAAUUCGAGGUUCUUCAUCGGAUAUGCAUUUAGAUCCUUUUACAUUGGUGAUUGCCUUAAACGAAAAUAAUGAAGCAAUUGGCACUUUAUAUCUAGAUGAUGGUGAAACAUAUGAUUAUGAGAAAGGAUAUUUUGUUCAUCGUCAAUUUACAUUCUCUGCUGGAAAAUUGGUAUCUCAAUCAUUGUCAUCAUUAGAUAAUGAUAAAAAUUUAUAUGCCCAGUCAAUUAGUUCUGUUCAUGUUGAACAAAUAAUAGUAUUAGGACUUGAUGUGAAACCUAGCAAAAUUAUCGCACAUAAUAAUCGCACUGAAGAUUCUGAAUUACAAUUUGAUUUAAAAUGCUUUGGCAUAUCUGAAGUUAAUACUACUAACGCAAUCGUCAUAAAAGGUUCUAAUAUGUUGAUUACUGAAGAUUGGACG